AUGGCGCGGAUCACGCUGGAGGACCUGGAGCGGCUGGGCGAGGAGCCCGCGGCUGCCGACAGGGACGGUGGCGACAGCGAGGACGACCAGGAGGCACGGCUGUUCGCCCACUGGGAAGCCGUGGCCAGCACGCACCGAGUGAGCCUGCCCCGAGACAUGGCAGGCCCGAUCUCCCAGAUGGUCCGGCACAGCCAGGCUCGCGAGCCCGUGCCGUACGUGUUCCUCUCACAGCACGGGAAGUGUGAGGAAGUGGCCUAUGAGGAGCGGCGGUACCCAGCUGGGAAGUGGGCCUGUGUUACCAUGGGGGAGCCCAUGUAUGAGCAGAGCAUCUCCAUGAGCUUCAUGAAACUCAUGCGCUACAUCUGCAAGGAGAACUCUGUAGGUUGCCAUCUGGGCAUGACAAUCCCAAUCCUCAACGAAAUCCACCUGACCAAGGAGGGGACUGAGCUGGAGCGUGAGGUCCUAACUGCCUAUUAUCUCCCAGGAGUGUUCCAGCAAAACCCCCCUGUUCCCAUGGACCCUGAAAUCCACAUUACUGAGAGGGCACCACUCCGGGUUGUAACCAGGGUUUUCUAUGGGAUGACCACUGAGGAGACAAUUCUGCGGGAGAUUAGUCUCUUCUGGGAGCUCUUGGGCUCCACAGACAUGGUGCUGCGGGAAACCUACAUCGUGGCUUCUUAUGAAAACCCCAGCAUCCCUCAGCGCCGCAAUGAGAUCUGGUUCAUCUGCCAGGCCGAGUGAGUCUCCUCCAUCACUGCAAGCCAGCACAUGACUGGACCCGGUGUAGAUGGCAGCUCUGAUCCAAAGGAGAUGGAGCACGUCCCAACCCACUAUUCACACACACAAUGAGACACCAAGAGACUGUGAGGUUGGUUUCCAGCCUUCCUUGCAAGGGUCCUGCGAGGGGAAAUCCUGCCUGGUCUGCACUUCACCUGCCCCCACAGCUGAGGCUGGAGCUGGCAUCAAGGAUGACCUCUAGAGCAA